AUGAGACUCAAUUGGCCACUCAGAAUGUCAGCUAACGCCUCGAGAACUUACAAUGACGCCGUUUCUGCUUUGAAUUCGUUGCAAUCCAACUAUGCCAACAUCAUGGCUAUCAGGGCCUCUGGUGACCGGAAAAAUCAAAUGAACAUCUGGGAAAUGCAAGAAUGGUCUCGUAGAAUUGGCUACGAAACCAAGGAUUUCAACAAGCUCAAUAUCAUCCACAUCACGGGGACCAAGGGUAAGGGAUCAACAGCAGCAUUUACGCUGUCCCUGUUGCAACAAUAUGACGAUAGAAUUCACAGAAUUGGACUGUACACUUCGCCGCACUUAAAGUCUGUACGCGAAAGAAUCCAGAUCAACGGGAAGCCCAUCUGCGAGGAGAAGUUUUCCCGCUACUUUUUCGACGUCUGGGACAAGCUCGACAACACUAGCUCUUCGCUCGAAAAGUUCCCGCACAUGACCCCCGGCAGUAAACCCGGAUACUUCAAAUAUCUGACGCUCCUUUCCUUCCAUGUUUUCGUGCAAGAGGGCUGCGAUUCGUGCAUCUACGAGGUGGGUGUUGGAGGAGAAUACGACAGUACCAAUAUCAUCGAGGCACCAACCGCGUGUGGUGUCUCUCUGCUUGGAAUUGACCACACAUUUAUGUUGGGUGACACGAUCGAAGAAAUUGCUUGGAACAAAGGUGGCAUUUUCAAGAACAACGUCCCAGCUUUCUCCAUCGCUUCGCAACCCGCAGCAGGUCUCAAGGUGCUGCAAGAAAGGGCUCGUGAACGUCACGUCGAGCUCCAACAGGUGCCUGUAUUCAAUGAGGUCAAAAACCUGAAAUUGGGCCUGGCAGGGGACUUCCAGGUAACUAAUGCAUCCCUCGCUGUCGCUCUGGCCUCGCAGUAUCUCGCCAAACUAGGUAUAUUGCCUUCUCCACUGACGUUAGAACAGAAUUUGUCGCUACCUCAAAAAUUCAAAGAUGGUUUGACAACUGCCGAAUGGAAAGGACGAUGUCAGACAAUUCAAGAAGGCGAUAUAAAGUGGUUGAUUGAUGGCGCUCACACAAAGGACAGUAUCGUCGCUGCCUCGGGAUGGUUCAAAUCACUAGUUCAAAAGACUCAAAAUAAAAAGAUCCUUCUUUUUAAUCAGCAGACCAGAGAUGCGGAUGCGUUGAUCACCACUUUACGCACUUGUCUUUCCCCAAGCGUAAACUUCGACCGUGUGAUCUUUACUACCAACGUCACUUGGAGAUCCGGCGAAUACAGUGCUGACUUGGUCUCGAUGAAUACCUCAAAAGAGCAGGUAGACAAACUGGAGGUACAAAAUGCUCUUCGGGAGACGUGGCUCCAGUUACAGCCAGAUGCACAGGUAGAUGUUGUCGCAAACAUCGAAACAGCCUGCGACAUUGUCAAGGCAUAUGAAGAGCCUAUCGAAGUUUUUGUGACCGGCUCUUUACACCUCGUGGGAGGACUUCUUGUCGUAUUCGAUGGCAAGAAAUGA